AUGGGACCCGCCAUGGUGCUGGUGUACUUUGCGCUGUGCUUCGCCGUGUUCACGCGGUCCGGCCAAUCGCGUGACUUGCCCGGCCAACCGGACUACCCUGCCGCCCUGACCAAUCUCACCGCCGGAGUGGCUGCCAACCUGACCAGUCCGCUGACCGGCGGUUAUGAUUCCAAGGCGGCGAUCGCUGCCGCUCAAGGUGCCGUGGCAGCGGCGUCCUCUUUGUCGUCCGCCGUAGCGCCGGCAGAAGACCAGGCUAUGGCCGCGUCCAAGAAAAAGAAAAAGAAAAAGAAGAAGAAGAAAUCGUCGAAAAAGUCGACCAAGGGCGGCGGGUCGAAGAAAAAAGCCUCACACCAUUCCAAAAAGGGCCACAAAGCCGACAAGGGAUACAAAACCAAACAUCAUUUCGACAAAGCGGACAAGGGCAAACACGGCAAGGAGGGUCACGAAGGGCACUACAAAAAGAAGAGCGGUCACAAGAAAAAGAAGCACGAUAUGGCCGAGAAAUAUGGUAAGAAACACAAAGGCGAGAAGGGUCACAAGGGUGUCAAGUUUGGCGAGAAAAAAGGCCACAAGAAGGGGCACAAAACCAAAGGAUACCACAACAAGUUCCACAAGGACGAGUACCACAAGACGCACAAAUUCUACGACGAUUUCCAUAAGGGCGGCAAACACAAGAAACACGGUUCGCACCACAAGAAGCAUGCGAGCAAGAAGGGCAAGCACAAGAAGGGCGGCCACCACAAGUCGGCACAUCACAAGGAAAAGUAUGGCAAGAAGGGACACAAGGAGAAGGGUCACUACGACAAAGAACACAAGGGCCACAAGGGCAAAAAGGGCAAGGACAAGCAUCAUGCCCACAAGGAAAAAUACGGCAAGAAGGGAGGACACAAGCACUUCAAGAAGUACGGGUUCAGCAAAAAGAAGAAGUCAGGUUAAACCGUCGGGCAACGCCGCUGCCGCCGCCGAGUAUUGACGUACUGAAAAGCUAGUAUUUGUUUUAUUAUUAUUAUUAUUAUCAUUAUUAUUAUCAUUCCCGUUAAAUAGUAUUAUGUUUUUUUUUUUUUUUUUUUUUUUUUUUUUGUUAUUUCUUGUUUUCGGUACGUUGUCAUAUAAUAAGC